AAUCAUGGCGAGCACGUCGAGGUCUGUUUUCCUAAUUUAUUUUAUUCCUGAUUCGUUAUUAUCGACGUUAUUUAUGUAUUGUACAGCCGAAUAUAUUUAAUAUUUACUAUGAUAUUACGAUUGAGGCGAAUAAGGUGGUGUGCUAUGCGCACCCAGAUGCACCGCUCAUCGAGGAUUACAGGGCUGGGGACAUGAUAUGCUCGGAAUGCGGGCUGGUAGUCGGCGACAGAGUCAUAGACGUGGGUUCCGAAUGGCGUACAUUCAGCAACGAGAAGUCCGGCGUAGACCCAUCUCGUGUUGGUGGACCGGAAAACCCUCUCCUAUCCGGCGGAGACUUAUCCACCAUCAUCGGACCAGGUCGAGGAGAUGCCUCGUUUGACAGUUUCGGAGUAUCAAAGUACCAGAACAGGAGAAACAUUAGCAGCACAGACAGGGCACUGAUUAAUGCGUUCAGGGAAAUCAGUACUAUGGCGGACAGGAUUAAUUUACCGAAAACUAUUGUAGACAGAGCCAACAAUCUCUUUAAACAGGUGCACGAUGGCAAAAACUUGAAGGGCCGAGCGAAUGACGCGAUAGCCUCAGCUUGCCUCUACAUAGCCUGCCGUCAAGAAGGGGUUCCACGUACCUUCAAAGAAAUCUGUGCUGUCAGCAAAAUCAGUAAGAAGGAAAUCGGCAGGUGCUUCAAACUCAUUCUGAAGGCUCUGGAAACAUCUGUGGAGCUGAUUACCACAGCAGACUUCAUGUCUCGGUUCUGUUCAAAUCUGGGACUGCCGAAUUCCGUACAGAGGGCAGCUACACAUAUUGCGAGGAAAGCCGGAGAGCUGGAUAUUGUGUCUGGACGCAGUCCCAUUUCAGUGGCAGCUGCUGCUAUUUACAUGGCUUCACAGGCAUCAGAAGACAAACGCAGCCAGAAAGAAAUAGGUGACAUUGCCGGCGUCGCUGACGUCACAAUCCGUCAAGCUUACAAGCUGAUGUACCCAUUCGCAGCCAAGUUGUUCCCCGAGGACUUCAAGUUCUCAACACCCAUAGAAUUCCUCCCACAAAUGUAAUAGGUACGUUAUAUCCUGUUAGAUGUAAGAAGGUUAUACAAGUGAAUUUGACAGGUCAGGCACACUGACUAUGGUUUAAAAAAAAAAAUGCGCGGGAAAAUCCUUGACGUGAUAUUUUGUCCUAUUUUUUUUUGUUGUUUGGUUGGUAAAAUAAAUCAAAGUAGGAAUAAAUGGCGAAUUCAGACAGCCAUUUUUUCAUAUAGACAAAUGGGAAAUAACACUAUCAAAACUUCAACCAGUAAUCCCAAUGGUCACCCUGGGUUGAGUUAUCCAGCAUUAGUAACACUAAUUUACCUGUAAAAUGAGCCUACUUUAUGCAUAUUCAUUACCCAUAUCUGUCUAUUAUUAAGCUCUUAUGUUUGUGAUCAUAUCAUUUGAAAAAAACCGUAUAUUUAUAUUCAUUAGCUAAUCAUACACAACUUAAUAAGAUUUAUAAAAAAAAAAAAACAGUGUUAAACAAAAAUAAAUGACAAACAGUUAACAGAGUUGACUUGCUGCAAGCAAAGGUGUACGCGAUAACAAUAUCUUAAAAAAAAAACAUUUAUUAUAAUUACACAUUUCAUAUUCAUAAAUGCAUAUUAAUAGUAUUGAAGAAUAGGACUAACAGGACUGUAAUUUAGAGGUGACGAAAAUUAAGAAAAAGACACAAAAGAUGGCGGAUGAUUGUGAAUUUGCGAAGUUUUUAAAGACUUAUCAGCAAAAAUAAUAUCACUGACAAUCGGUUUAUUUAGUAGUAGAGAUGUUUCGUAAAUUAUAAGGCGAGAAACAAAAACUAAAAGAAAUAUAAUCGCAGUUUAUCAUAACGCCAUAAUCUACUGAGAACUUUUGUAAAAUAAAUAAUUUAAUAUUCAUUAAUUUGCCAAUAAAACAGGAGACAUAUUUAUGUAGACUGACACUUGUUAAAAACAUCUAAAUUAGCACAAUUCAUUAACAUUUUUAAACUUGAAUUUUUCCUUUCUUAUGAAUAAGUAGUUUUUGUAAGUGUUAGUGCAGUGUUGGAAAAAAUAUGUUGCGAUGGCUUGUUAUGUGAUUUCUAAGUAUCAUUUCUACGUAGGUGACAGUUGUGUAUUUAUAAUUUAUAUUAUCUGCAUAGCUUGUAGGUCAUUAGUUCGAUAAACUAUCUUUUAUUUUUUCUUGUAGAACCACCUUAGAUUUAUAGUUGGGCAAACAAUGACUAUACUAUGGGAAUAUAUUAAAGCUGAUUAUUUAAUUUGUUGUCUAUAAAGAAAUGACUGCAAUCCAAUGUUAUAAGUGAUAAUAAAAAUAAAAAAAAACGAUUAUAAAUUGCUGAUUUUCAAAAGUCAUUUCAAUAAAGGACCAAUCUUUUUGGCACUGAGAUUUGUAACUCUAUUUAAGGUGUCAUACAUACUUCAAGUUUAAUUAAAACUCCUACUUAAUUUAUAUCGUUAAAGUUUGCCCAAAACUUCUAUAAAAUACUUAAAGUAUUGUACCUGAGCAUUGAUUGCUCUUUAUUCUUAUCCUGGCACUAUCAUUUGUACAAAUAUUCUCUAUAUAAAAUCAAUGCAAAAUAUACUCUACUCUUAUAAGAAUAGAGUUUAUUUUAUACUGGUAUAGAAAUCAAAGUAUUUGAACAAAUAUGUAUGCAAAAGGAGCCACCAUUAUCGUUUAAGUAAAUCAUCAUGGUAUUUUGAAUUAAUUGGCGAUACUAAAGCACGGUUUCACUGGUUACAGAUAAAGUGUCAGUUAAUUAUCUGAUAGUUAAUGCUAUCUGCCAGAUAAACGCUGAUUACUACUUCUGCCAGAUAUUGCUAUCCAAGACAUGUGAAACCCAAAGUUAUUGUCCUGAUAGGCUAUCAGAGACUUUGUCAUUAACCGGUGAAACUGGCCAUAUGACGGUGACCAGUAAAAUGUUCCAUAUAACUGGAUUUCUGCAUAUUCUUUUCUAUCUAGUUUUCCCCAAAUAAUUCAAAAUACUGUUAGUAUUAGAACACGAGGUCUAAACAAACAAUAACAAAAGAUUUAAGACUAAAUUAAUUUCAUGUCUACCUAGGUUAGUUAUUGAGUUUAUGCAUUUUUGGAAUAACAAUAUAAAUUAUAUUUUGUAAGAGUUACUAUGUGAUGCCCAUACCGAGUGUAAUGUUACUAAUCGACCAUAUUUUAGAUAGAAAAGUUGAUAUAAAUAUACAUAUGCAUAUUGCCUUAAUGUUGUACUUUAGAAAAUUUAUCACUACUGAAAUAUAGGGCCAAUAUAUAAAAUCGUACUGUCACAAAAAAGUUCUGUUUGUUUUUUUAAUCUGGCAACUAUUAUACAUACAAAUGUUGUUUGUGGAUUAAAAAGCUCAUAUUUAUCGUAAUUUCAUAUGAAGAUAUAUUUUAUACAUAUACUUACAAUACCACAUCUCCGAAAUAUUUAUAUAAUUUUAAAGGACUUUUUGUGUAGUAAUAUGAUCUCUUUCUUCUUAAUUCGAAUCUUUUGGUCUCGUAGUGUUGCCAGUUCCACAUGAUAGCCGACUGUAACUUUUUGUAAAGAUGUAUCGUUAAUUUUGAAUGUAUGUGUAAUGUAACUAGCCUUAAUUUAGUAAUUAUGAAUAACGCCACAAAAUAAAUGUAUAUUAAGUGAAA